GGGGGAUAUCAUCAUUGUACUAAUCACUAUUACUUACGCUGUCCAGUAUCCUCGAUGUGAAGGUUAUCUUCAUCCCGCUGAUCAUUUGCGUGCGGAUAUAACACCGCCAAAGGACGCCGAAUUUCUUACCCGUUGAUAAAGUUUGAUCGGUCACGCGCUGGUCUUUGGACUUUUAAACGUUGUCAUGGCAUUCGCAAACUUCUCUCCGGGCGUAUCUCUAUCAAAUAAUGCGGAUACAUGAACUAAAACUUGCAACUUGCAUCCCAUACCGUCCACGCUAAGGAUAUACAGGGAGCGGUGGAUACUUUGUUGUUCCUUUCCGACGUUUGCCAAUCCAUUACCGCCGCCACCGUGUGUGUGUUUUUUUUGCCCUAUAUCCUCUUUAUCCGCCCUCUCUCUUGAUCCGCCCGGAUAUCUCUACGAUAUUUAAUUCCAUUUGCAAACCAUGGGCAUCUUGACUAUUUUCGAACCACCAUUUCUCUCCAUACUCGCAUACUUUGGACUACCACCACACCGGCUAACCCCACCAUGUUCAUCGCCAAUAUAACACUGAAGGAGGUGCUCGAGGCUCAAAAGAGGCGCUACUCUGAUGAGGCCCACUUGAACUUGUGCCGCUCACAAAAGAAGCGCGUCCCAUUUAGGAAUACUGGCCUUUGGAUUACUAUCCCGAAAACCGCUAGUCCGUGGUUCGUCCAGAUGGGAAAGCAGCGGGAGGGAUCUCAUGGAGAUCUAGCCCCUCACUUCGGAGCGCCUCACCAUCCGGUUCAUUGGAAGUGCCAGGUAUGUGAGCGCGGCGAGGGGGGCGACACCACAAAAUCAAAACAAGUCAACAGGCGGCGUAAAGCGGCAGAGUCGUCCAGGUGGUCGUAUUGUAAUUAUACCACGACAACUGAGCCUUUGGCCGAGGAUGAGCAAGUGGAAGAAGAGGAGCAGGUCCAGAUUGUUUACCCCGUAGCUCCUCGACGCUUCCCACCCCGGGACACUGCUUUUCCACGUCCAAGAAGGACUCUACAUGUCCCGCAUUAUCCGGCUUUACCUGAGAGGGACUACUUUGGUACGCGGGCGACUUGGUUGUCUGAGGAAGGGUACUGCGAUGCCAGCGGUCAUGCCGUUGCUACAAGUGCGCGAUGUGAAGCUCGUAGGGUUUACAACGACUCUCUGGACCUUGAGGCGACCACGCCUUCACCUGCUACCAAACCAUCCAGCGAUCGACUUGUACCCGGAACACGUUCUUUACCCAGCAACCAGUCAUCGUGGCAGCCUGCAGAUUACGACGCUGUCGUCUUGAAAGACGAUUCUUCAUUCUCUGAAUCUACUUGGUAUAGCUCGAGCAUGUCUGCCUCUCAUGGGUCUCUAGCGAGCAAUGGAGAUGAAGAUGAAAGCGAUGAAGAAGAAGACGGCGACGACGAUUUGUACGAGUGGAACGCAAUCAACCCCGACGCUCCUGACCAGGAAUGGGAGCAUCUCAAAGCGAGGGUGAAUAUCCAGCAGAUGGAUAGGGAUGCACGACGACGGCUCCGACUCGGAAGAAGAAUAGAAGAGCGUGAUGAGUGGGAUGAAGGUGGCUACCUAGUGGGUGGUGGUGGGGUGGGGGAUCGUCAUCAUCAUGGCGAUGGUAUCCCGGUGGAAUUGAAAAGGAUAAUGGUGGAGAUGUCGGGGGGUGAUUAUGUGUAUGCGGCCGGGCACGGCACCAGGUUCGGAGAGGGAUACGGGAUCGGGAGCGACUCGACCAUAUCCGAAUGGCGACAGAACAGCAGCAGCGACACCAGCCUCUCACCAUGGAGUAAUCGAGCGCCUUCUCUUUUACCCCCGCUAGGCACCCAUUGUUCUGUGGACGACCUUGUUCAUCCGGACGAUAGUAUGAGCAGAUGUCGCUCGCCCAUUGAUCUCGAUAUUCCCGAUACUCCAUGCAUUCCAGCUCCUAGAGGAUCUCCGGUCGCUCGACAGCAGGCUGAGGGUUCGCCACCUACCUUUGAUUUCGAUGAGGUUAUGGAAGAAGUGAUGGAUAGUAUCUGGGCAUCUGAAGGAGUGAGAUGGGUGUACCCCGGUUCUGAGAGUAUGUAGCUUUGGGAAUGAGAGAUGGUUAGAUGGUUAGACAAGGGUAUUGUUAUAAAGGACAAUAGGAUGAGGUUCAGUAAAUGCACGUUUGGU